AUGACCACUCAAGGCAGAUUAGCAAUCGUCAUUUGCCAUGGCUCUUACCACACCCCCGCUCCGUACGAACCAUUUGUGCAGUCCUUGAUAUCAAAAGGCUAUGAGACCUAUUGUCCACCGCGACCAACCGCCGAUCCCAACAGACACAAUGUGGGGCAUAUCAAGAACCCAGACUAUGACCGUGGUCCGGGACCUGACGGCUUGCCCAGCGACUACGAGGAUGUGGCUAUGGUGAAUAAAGUGCUGGAAAGACUCAUCAAGGAAGAGAGCAAGGAGGUACUGCUGGUGGCCCAUUCAGCUGGGGGUUGGGUGGCCACGCAGGCGGCUAUUCCCGAGCUGCAGCGUAAGACCAGACAAGAAAAUGGCCAAAGCGGAGGUUUGAUUGGCUUGUUUUACUACUCGGCAUUUGUGAUUCCGGUCAACGAGUCGAUCAACAGUUUCUUCCAACCCAAAGAUGGCAGUUUCAUCGUUCCCCCCUGGCUAAAAUUCUACAAACAUGGUGCGGCUGGCGUUGCAACUCUGGUUGAACCCGAAAAGUACCUGUUCAACGGCCUCGAUGCAGAAUCAGCAGCGAAAUGGUCGGCCACAUUGACCGCAUCGCCCAUCAACACGGGCGUUUUGACCAACGAUCCAUACUCGGCCUUGCCAUGUGCAUAUCUCGUGCUCGAUGACGAUCUCAUCUUACCGCCGGCGGGCCAAGAGGCCAUGAUUGGAUUGCAGAGCGCAAACGGUAAUACUUUCACUGUCUUUCACGCGGCAUCAGGACAUUCCGCACAUCUCACCUGUACUGAGCAGUUGGUUGGAAGGGUCACCGAAUUUAUAGAUCAGAUCAAGAAUGUAUCCGCUUAG